AUGUCUAAGAGCAAACUUCACCAUCAAGUUGACAGCAGUAUUGUCGCAGUGAAAAGCAAAUUUGAUGCAGAUAUCAUAAGAUUUUCAAUCAACCGAAAUGAAGCUAUUAGUUAUGAGGACUUUAGAAAGUUAUUGACUGAGCGACAUGAUAUUGGUCCAGAUUUAAAUUUUCUUAUCUGGUAUACAGAUCCAACCGAUGGUGAUUUAUUACCUAUUAAUAAUGAUAACAACUUGGCAAGAGCAUUACUUGCUGCAAAACCACUUCUUAGAAUAUUCAUUCAAAGGAAGGGAGAUGGAUUGGAAGACAUAAAUGGAUAUGGAACAAUGAAACCAAAAAAUUUAAUAUCAAGUAUUCUUGGUGGUACACCUGGAAAACCAAAGUCAUUGGCUAUAUCUAACCCGCAUGAUUUUAGGCAGGUAUCAGCAAUAAUUGAUGUAGAUAUAUUACCAGAAACUUGUCGCCGUGUACGUUUGUUAAAACAUGGUUCUGAUAAGCCACUAGGAUUUUAUAUUAAGGAUGGAGAAAGUUUUCGAAUAUUACCACCUUCUGCAGGAGGUGGUAUUGAAAAAGUUCCAGGUGUGUUUAUCAGUAGAUUGGUACCAGGUGGUUUAGCUGAAAGUACAGGACUUUUGGCAGUGAAUGAUGAAGUUCUUGAAGUAAAUGGUAUAGAAGUUGCUGGAAAAACUCUUGAUCAAGUCACAGAUAUGAUGAUUGCCAAUUCUUCGAAUCUCAUAAUCACAGUAAAACCAGCAAAUCAACGAGCUGCAUUAGCUGCUCCAAGACGAGGAUCAUUUUCGCGUAAUAGUCAGUUGUCCUCUGGAAGUCAUCAGUCUACACAAAGUGCUGCAACUGGUAGUGAUGAAGAUGCAGAUGAAAUUGUAGAUUUAACUGGUGUAACACUACAAGAUGAUGCAACAACUUCUUCUUCUCAACAUCAUCAUUAUCAUCACCACCACCAUCAUCAUCAAAAUCACUUUAAUCAUGAUCAAGGUGUUUUACAUUUAUAA